AUGUCCUACACAGCCAGCAGAGAAGGCCUUGCUGGCCCUGACGGCCCACCACUGAUCAGAUCAAAUGGCACCAUACACUUUGGUGUAAUGGAUAGCAAGGCUGAUGCUGGAUACGUGCAUGGUGAAAUAGUUGGUAUUACUGUACAAGAAAAAGACGUUUAUGUGGAUGCUUUAGACUACAUUGAGAGGAGUAUCUCCUCUGACAAGGAGCAUGUACGCCAAUGUGUCCGGCCACCAAGGUUCAUUGAGGUUAUGGAUCGAGAAAGUACAGAGAAAAGGUAUGUGGUAGAGGUUGACAUUGUGCCUUCAAUAAGUAUUGUUAAGAGCAAGGUGUAUGUAGUCCGUCUCCCAAACUUCAAAGAGUCAUCCAACAAAGUAGAAUUCGAGAAAGAAGCAAUUCUGCGGAGGGUGGGUUCAAAAACAGAGCCAGUGAAUGACAAAGACCUAAGUGAUUUUUACCAGCGAGUCAGAGAUCGGGAUGCUCAAAGAGAAGAGGCAGAGAAAAAUGAGUUCCUCAGUGCCCCAGAUUUCUGCCAAGAUCUCGGGAGGAAACUUACAAUGCAAAUGACUAGUGGGAAGAAAUUCAUUGAUAAGGAGAAAUGGUUCAUAUUUGUCACAAACAAAUUCAGCCCUAAUGACCUUUGCUACCUUGACUGGCUGCUUAACAUGAACGUGUUCUGUGUGUUUGACUUUGACCCAGACUCAAAGACAUCAGGUCUUUGCAGUAAAUACCUUCAGCAUCACGCUGCAAACAUGCAUUCUCUGCAGAGCUAUAGGAUAUCUGGUGACAUGAGCAUCAAAGAAUUCAUAAGCCACUUGCAUCUGUUCGACCAAACUAGCUGGAUCUUUUGUAACGGCCGUUCUGACUUCAAAGGAAAUGAAACUCCAUGCGAUGAAAUGACUUGGAUAAAGACAAAAAUGACUUUCCUGCGGGAAUCUGUGUCUUUGAUCUGUAAACAAAUCUUGCCAAAAGGGACAUUCCAGGUCAUUUUUCUUCUCACAUCAACAGUAGAGAAACCUCUCUUGCAUACCUUCAAUGAAUUUUUCACAGACAUGGAAGGACAUGAAGACAUCAUCUGCAUCUGUGAGUCAAAGAAAAACUUCCAGAAAUGGCAAAGCUUUGCAGAGGGGUCAUGUGGAAUAGACACUGUGAACAACUCCAGUGUCGUCGGGAUGAAGAUGAGUCACAUUGAUUCAACUCUGCAGCAAAUACAACCCUUAAACACACGUGCCAGCAAACACUUGCCAGUCUUUGUGAGAGGGACAUGUCUUCUUGAAACACACAUAGAGGAACAGAUGUUUUCCCUGGAAAUUCUCAGUGUCGAUCAUUGCUAUGAAACAAGCAAAGAAUUUGUUGAUGAACAAAAAGCAAACAUUGAAGGGCAGUUUUACCGUGGUGGGAAAGUGAAGUGGUUGAAUUUCUGGCUUGCUGAACACAAGUCCGUUGGAGAGGUCAUUGAAAGAGAUGCUUAUCGUGAUGUCUCCAAACUUCUCAAUGACGCUUUGAAACAAAAAGUAGAUCAGCCUCCGGUGAACAGUAUAAACAUCUACCAUCAUCCAGGAAGUGGUGGAAGCACUGUGGCAAGACAAGUACUUUGGAACACAAGGAAAGAUCUAAGGUGUGCAGUUGUGAAGCCUUCAUAUUCAGCCGGUCUUGUAGCCCAACAUGCAGUUGAGCUAAGGGAAUAUGAAGAAAAAGAUCCACAGACAUGUCUUCCUGUGCUACUUCUUAUUGAAGACUCAGACAAAGAAUAUUUAGAUGAUCUUAAAAAUGAACUUCAAGUUGCCACCAACAACAAAAGAAUCCAAUGUGGAACUCUAUGUUUCAUUUUGUUGAGCUGCAGACGAUCCCACAAUCCAGAGAAGAAGUGCAAAGAGUCUCCAUUACAGAAUGUGCCUAUCACCCACAAACUGAGUGAUCAAGAGAAAAGAAAGUUUGCUGGUAAACGUAGGGUACUGGAAGAACGAUAUGAGCCUGAAUUCAUCUUGACAUUUGUUCUGAUGAGUGAAGGAUUCAGUGAUGAAUAUGUUCAACAUUUUGUGGAACAUUUGCUUCAAGACAUUGAUCAUCAAUCAGUUGUCACACGCCUCAUCUGCUAUGUUGCACUGCUGAACACUUAUGUCCAAAACUCCUUCAUCUCUCAGUCCCAUUGUCAAGCUUUGCUUGCCUUUACCAUUCACUUGGAAAGGUUUCGCCAGCAUGAGUUUGAGAAAUCACUCAGUGAUCAGGCUAAACUAGUCUUCUUGCAUCUUAAAGAUGACAAGACACACAUUGAGUCAAUCAGAAUCAUUCAUCCACUGGUUGCAAAGGAAAUUCUCCAACAGCUUUUGGGAAACCAACAGACCCAAAGCAGUUUAGCAAUGGAUUUACUCUGUGAGAAUGUGCUUUUUGAGCACAGAUUUGGAAGGGACGAAUAUCUGACAUUUUUGAGAGCACUUUUCUUAAGGCGAGCCAGAAUAAGUAAAGGGGAUGAAACUGAUAGUUUUUUUUCUCCUCUGAUUGAGCAUGUUUGUGAAAAGGAGAAAAGCCCAGACAAAGCAAUUGAGUUACUCAAGGAAGCAUUCGAUUGUUUCCAUAAAGAUCCAUUCUUUGCACAACAACUCGCUCGUCUUCAUUAUACUUACGAAAAGUUUGAAGAUGCAAAACACUGGGCGGAGACAGCAGCCAAACAGCUGCCAAACAACUCCUACAUACUUGACACAAAGGGACAGGUGUACAAAAAAUGGUUCCAAGCAAAAUGUAAAGCUAUUGACAAUAAACCAAAGACAGUAGAACAAAUAGCAGAUGCUGUGGAGACUGCACUGAAAGCUGUAGAAUGUUUUCAAGAGUGUGAAAAAGCAGCUGUUGCUGAUAGAAACAACCAUAACAGCUCAGGGUUUUUUUCUGAAGUUGAGGUUGCAUGCAGCUUGCUCAAACUGAUCUCUUCAUCGCAAGUGUUUUCAAACCAAGAAAGUGGCCAUUCAGAAUGUAUGAAGUACCUGUUAACCGAUUACAUUCCUGAGGAAGUUGAAGAUGCAUGGCAACCCUUUCAUGUCAGUUUAAAAAAACUUCACAAGACAACGCAAAAUGCCUUGGAAUGGAUCUCAGAAGACCUCAGUUACUUCCAGACAGACAUAGAUUUAGAUGGAGAAGAGACCCCUGAAAGUACUGAGGGGAUGAUAAGUCAUCCACUGAAAUGGUUGGCAAAAAAAUCUUCAGAGUAUGGAAAGUACUUCAGUGAAGCUUAUUUUACUGCACUUAAUGGGCAAACAAUCCCUGCCAAUCUAACUUCUUUCCAAAAACGCAUGAUCAUCUGUCACCUUGGUGGGGGCAACAUAACAUCCGUCCUCUCCAAGCUAACUGACCAGAGGGAGGUAGUACCUCUUCUAGAGACCAUUGUUUCUCUCUACCCCAGCAAUCCAAAAAAAGCCAAAUUUGGUCAAAUGGAUAUUAUCAAUUACAUCACGGCCCACCUUACUCUGAACUGCCUGUCACCACAGACCAAAAGUGUAGCUCCCCUGGAAGACCUGCAGGCACUUUGUCAUCAGUUCCCAACUGAUAAAAGGAAAUGUUUACCAAGUGCGCUGUUCUGGCUUACAUUGCUGUUCUGGCCAGAGGAUCAUGACACAGAUGUGGAGAAAGAAAAAAAAUAUGAGAUUGUUCAAUCAGCUGUUGAACACCUGGAAAAAGGGUACUGGAUCAAGAUGAAGGACAUUUCUCAGCGAAAGAGAAGGCUUUACACCCAUUUUUUUCUUGGCAGUGGGAAUGGAUUGGAUAAAUUUGUCCACAAGAAAAAGUUUGAAAGAGUCACAAAGCUGUUCUCUGUAUCUGAAAAACGCAUGAAGUGGUUCAGGGGUGAGGCAUGGAAGAAGCCUGAGAUUGCCACAAUGCUGAAACGUGUUUCUGGGUGGACUGAAGAUGGAGUGGUGUACCUCGAAGGCCCACAGAAGAAGAAGUUCAAUAUCCUGCCUCUUCAUGUUCCUUCAGUGCCUCACAGUAAUGAAAACAUCACAUUCUACCUGGGGUUUACCUUCCGAGGUCCUGUUGCCUGCAACAUUCUUGUGCAACAAUAGUUUGCCAAUAAACAAUGAUCCUGUCAUAUACGGCUUGACAAUAUAUUGAUAAAGCAUUUGGUCGAUUGUUUUAUCUAUUCAAACACAAAAAGUCUCUUGCCAUAGUUUGCCAUCUAGGCAAUAUUUGUCAAAGACAACAAUAACAAAUGUUAAGGCUCAAGGUUUAUUAUUAUCAAUGUAUUGUUUUAUUUUUUAAGAAAGCGUAAUAAUCAUUUUUUCUCUCUUACGCUUAUUGAUGUGUAAAACUAAAUACAGCUCAAGUGACAUUUGAAAAAACUUCUCUUGCCAUGCUUCACUCUGGAUUCCUGGGGUAAUGACAAUGCAAACUGCGUUUGCUACUCUACAGCUCAAUGCUUCACUAAUAGGAACCUGUGGUGGUCCCCGUCUAGCAUCCCGUUAUUUUCAGAUUGUUUGUAGUUCCAGAACUGCAACUCACAACUGGCCUCAAGAUGUAUUUCGAAUGCAACUCAAGUGAGGAUGUGUGCCUGGAUUUUGCUAACUUUAUUGCUGCUUGACAGAAAAAAGUUGAAUUGCUGUUCAAAGUGUGAACCUUUCCUCAACACCUUGUCUUCUUUAUAAUGAUGACUCGUUCUUUUUUAUUGUUCAGAAUACAAUACAAUAAGGGACUAAAUGUAUUUACUGUAAUGGGAAUUAUAUCUGUGUUUCAACAAUACAUGUAUUUGGGGCUAAACAGCAGCAUUAUGUACAGUUAGAAAAUAAUGCUUUUUUAUAUUGAUAUGCAACAGAAAAAGAUGUGUAAAAUGUUGUGCUUGAAUGUUGAAUAUACAUUCCACAAAGGAUAAAAAAGUGUCCUUAAAACAAAGCUACAAAUGAAGCCAGGCUACAGGAAAGCAAGGACUUCAUUGAUGGCGCAACCGCGAAUACCUGCACUUUCUUACUAUAUUUUUAUAUAUUUUUCAUUAUUUUCUUGUUUGAGAAACCUUGUAGCUUACAGUGCCUACUUAAUUUUUUUUUUUUUUGUAUUAAGUGCUUGUUUAAUGAUACUGAAGAAAUAGUUUACUGUUAUGAUCACUGUUCUUCAACAAAUGUAUACAUUUAGCUGAGUACAAUAAACUUUUUUUACCUUAAUUAUUCGUUUGUAGUCAAUUUGUGAACAAUCUAAUAUAAAUCAACAUUUCAAUUUCAGACUGAUUGUAUUUAACAAUACAUAAUUUAUAGUUUGCCAACUGACAGACUUUUUAAGCCUUAUUUGGACUAUUAAUUUAAGCACUUCACAAAUAACUUGAAGAUCUUUAGCAAUUGCUGUAUAGUGUGUGUGCAGAUAAUAUUACAAAGAAGGGUAACUCUAGAAAGAGAUGAGUUUAUAUUUUUUCAGUAUGGUAUGUACCAAAGGGAAUGGGCCAUAAUUGCUAGAGCUUGAUUUUCUUUUUAUUCAGAGUAUUAUUUGUUUUGAUGGAGUUCAAAUAUGUAUCUUUAAAAUGUUUAACAUAACCUGAAAACCAAAAUGGCUCCCUGAUGUUGUUGUAUUCCAAACUAGUAAACCGGUUUUUGAGAUAAAUGUUUCAGUCAGUAAAGAUAGAAUAAAUAUGUUAGCAAUGUGAUGAGUAUAAAAACAACAUACUAUCUGAGAUAUUUCAUAACUAAAGGUGAGUGACAUGUAAGACAUACAUAAAAAAAAAGGUCAAGGUUAUUGGGUUUGGUUUCAGUAAUAAACAACACGCCAUGGAAUAUCUAUGUAAUUGUAUUUUGCUGUGCAUGGUUACCAGAUUUGAGUCCCAUCACGUGUUUUUGGUUUAUCAAACUGUUUUAUGAAACACUAAAAGCCCAUUUUAUUUCUGUUCUUAUAAGAAUCGAAUUCUUUUUUUAAAGUGUUGAGCUUAAUUAUUGAGUUCAUUCAGACAUCAUUUUUGAGAUUGACAACACCAAAUAAACAAAUAAUGAUUCAAAUCUA